AUUCCGCAAUAGUUGUCAUCGAGCGGUGGUGAAUUGCGGACGUGUAACGUUUUUGUUGUUACCAUAUCAUCCGAUUGCAGUUCCGUUUGUGCAGCGUUUGCAGAAAGAAAAUCUUCCUGGAAAACCAUACCUGAAAAAUCGAUUUCGGUUCAUACUCUUCAAUUAUUUCUAGAAGUUGUUCAUUUAUACUAUUUUGUGACAAUAGCCAGUGGAAAACGGGUGAAAUUUUAUCAUUUCGGGUCCUCAAAAAAGAAUCGCAAUUAAAUUUUACAAACCUUGCAAUUUUUUGCGACGGACUGGGCCAUUGUGGCGUAUGUUGCAAUGGUGUUUGUGGAAUUUUUUCGGUCAAAUGAUGUGUUGAGCUCAGCAGUUCAGUGAAGCAGGCGCUUUUCGUGGAUAUCUCGGUGGCUCGAUGGUAUACUGUGUGAAAAGAAACAAGUGAAAAUGUUUGAUUAAAAGAUGCAGAUAGUGCAAUGAUGCAAAAAGCAGUUGCAACCUAGUGCAGUUCGGUCGAUGAUUGGCGUGGGCAAGGUGAAAGUUUUGCCCUGACAAAGAUAUAACGGGGGUGUGCAUGUGCUGUGAAAGGAUAUACGUGCAAGACGUCACAACCGAAUAUACGCACCCGAUCGAGAAGGAUUUUUCCAGAGCGGCGCGUUUCCGCGUUAUAAAUUAUUACGUCGCAACGCGUAACAAGUUGGAUGCCGCUGAAAUAGAAAGCUACCGGAAUUUGCAGUAUUAAGUAAGCAUGGAAUCGAUGACACGCUCCUCUGAUAACGGACUCCAAAAACAGGAACCGUACGAUGCCAAAGCAUCACCAGCUCCUGUGCCAGUGCGAAACACUCGACCGCCAGCACAACCGAAGGAGAUUCACUAUGUUAACCCCUUUGUGCAUAAGCUUAUUUGGGAUGAUCCAGUUGAUAAAAUCAAGACCGCCUUCCUCACAGUAUUCCUGCUGCCAUUUAGAGUAAUACUCAUCUUAAUCUGCCUGGUGAUAGCGUGGACGCUAGCAAACAUUGGUCUCUAUGGACUUUCCCGAGAAGAACUUCGAACAAAGCCACUAUCUGGCUGGAGGCGACAGUUACGCGUUCUAACCGCACACAUGAUGCGACUGCUGUUCGUGUUUGGUUCCUUCAACUGCAUCCGGACCAAGGGUGAACGGGCCUCCGCGAAGGAGGCCCCCGUGAUCUGCGUGGCGCCCCACACUGCAUUCUAUGAUUCGAUCUGUGUAAUCAUGUUCGGACCGUCGGCUGUGGUGGCCAAGUACGAGACCGCCUCGUUGCCGUUUUUCGGAAAGCUGAUCGAUUAUGCGCAGCCAAUUUACGUGUGCCGUGAGGACCCGAACUCCCGCCAAACCACAAUCAAAGAGAUAAUCGAGCGGGCUAACUCGAAAGAAGACUGGCCCCAGAUAUUGAUCUUUCCGGAGGGUACCUGUACGAAUCGAACUUCUCUGAUACAAUUCAAACCAGGCGCGUUUUAUCCGGGCGUACCGAUUCAACCGGUUUUGGUGCGCUACCCGAACAAAGUUGAUACCGUCACAUGGACCUGGGAGGGACCGGAUGCACUGCAUCUACUGUGGCGAACAUUAACACAAUUCCAUACGUUCUGCGAAAUCGAAUUCCUGCCGGUGUACUGUCCUAGCGAGGAGGAGAAACGUGAUCCAAAGCUGUACGCACGAAAUGUGCGGAAUCUCAUGGCCCGUGAGUUGGGCAUACCAAUCUCUGACUAUACGUUCGAUGAUUGUAAGCUGAUGACGUUCGUUAAAAAUGUCAACAUGCCAUACGCUGCGUUCAGUGUGGAUAUUGAGAAGCUACGGAAAACACUAGGGUUAAAUAAACAAAACAUCGAAGAGCAGAUUGUUACCAAUGAAGCCAAAUUCACAGAUGAGAAUAGUCAUCUGACAAUAGAAGAGUUUUCCAGGAAGUUAAAUGUUCCAGCUGAUGACGAAUCAACAAAGAAGCUCUUUCGAAUAUUUGUGAAGCCACCCCGCAUGGACGCGAUUGACUUUAGGGAAUAUCUACUGUUAUCGCUAUUUCUGGUUACGCUGUACUCACCUAAACUAAAUUUUGUUAAAAUGUUAUUCCAGCUGUAUGGCGAAAAUGGUCAAGUUUCUAGACAGUCAUUUUUUGAUACACUUCAGUACCUAAUAAAAAUAAGUCCACAAGAGGUGGAUGCUGUUUUCGUGACGGCAGAUGAUGGAAAUUUGGGCAAAAUUUCCUUCGAACAAUUUACCAAAGUUUUAGACAAGUAUCCAGCAAUCCACAAGAAGCUACUGAAAAAUAACGACCCAAACAACUUAAGGCUUACCUAACUCCGUACUAUCGUCCAAUAACUUAGCCCAUCAAGGAUGUAAUAUAUCAUUGUUUAAGAUUGAAACCAAUCGAUGCCAGAUGGUCCUCUAGAAGGGGUUCUACAGGAGAGAACAGAAAAACUCAGACUACCUUGAAAUAAUAUUUAUUAUUUAUGUUAUGUUCGGCAUGAUAGAUGAGUUUAUCCACUACACUUUAAUGCAGAACCUUCUUCCUCUCGAAAGUGUUCGAAACACGGUCAUCAAACAUACUGUGAAGGGUAUCUGAAUAUCUUCCGGUAGCAUUAGUGUUUAAUUUCAAAAUGGGUAGCCAAUUUACUUAGAAACAAAAAGAACUGAAGUUAAAAAAUAUGCUUGAUAAUACAGAGUGAAAAGUGGUUCUAUGUUAUAAUAAGCUUGUAAAUAUCAUUGUGUUUGAAUGCCCAUAUAUUUUUCAAUUUCCGCAACGCCGCCCUAAAGUUCUCAGCGCAUUGUCCAAAUUGAAUAAUUCGAAUGGAUAGUAAUUUGCAUAUUUUGUUUUCUUUUUCUGCGAAUCUGAUUUGGAGAAAACUUAUGAUAGUCUCAUCUCAUAUUCUUUCAAAGGUGUGAGCUUAAGGGUUUGUUUGGAAGAUAAUAUUCACAUUUUGUCAAAUAACCAAACAAAACAAGAACGGGCUGAUUAACCUUGCCGACGCAAAUUGCCUUUCGAAUAUAACGGGAAUACUCUUGAUGAAAUCGGGCUUGGAACCCAAUGCUUUCAUCCGUUUCAGAUAACAAUUUAGGACAUUUCCCACCUUAUUAAGACCUAACCAAUACCACCUGCAACAAUGGAAAGCAAUGAGUUCAGUAGCAGUGCAGCGUCAAGUCGAAUUCUAUCAUCAACAUGUGUUCCCAUUAUAGUUAACAGAAAGCAGGUUGUUUAGAAAUUAAUUCAAGGCAAUUGAGAAAAUUUCCUUCUUAUGAGUAUUCUAAAUUGAUUGAUAAUUGGAAACGACGUUUCUUGUCGUAUCGCCGCCGGGGAAAUAUCAGUACAUGUAAUAAUCUAUAAUGCCAUUGACAUUGGAGCUUAUAUAGAUUGGAAAAUAAAUAUAAAUUCCUAUUCUCAGUACCGGUAAAGCCCGAUUCAGAUGGUACAUCAACACCCGUCAACGGAUAACGAAGUGGAUAACGAACGUCAACGUCGUCACCGUUCCGUCAGCUUAAGUUCAAUGCAUUUCUCGUAUACCCGUUCAAACGUUCCGUGCCGUUGAAGUUGUGUAUGAAUUCCUCCAUUUAAUCGCAUGUAACUAAUUUUGACGUUCCUAUGACGUUCUGUACCGGUGACGGAGCCUGAUGUAUCGUGUGAAUCAUACUUAAUGCGAGGGCGUAAAUUAUUAGGUGAGUUUGUGGAGAUAACCUGAGAGACGGGUAUUUAUACGUCCGCAAUUUUCGUUGCAUCGAGAUUUGGAAGUUCUAACAAAGAGAACAAACGUCACAGAAAAAUGUAAGAAACACGUGUAAGAAAUGUAACGUGUUUUAAACUCAAACAUCCAAAUUUUAUAUUCUGCUAGUUUGUCCCGGUAAACGUGCGAUAGUGAUAUACGCAACCUCGCAAAAGGUGGCAUUAUUAGUUUUAAACGUAACGAACGUUAAAAAAAAUCUAUGAUUGGUUUAGCGGUUGGCGUUCAGGAAAUUUGAAUUAUAACUAAAUUAUAUUUUUCUAAAACAUUUUUAUUGGCUUAUAUAUACUUUUGUUUGUCGAUAAUAAGUACCAAACACAUCAAACAAACUUAUCAAUAACUAUAAAUAACUUCAGAAUCGGACAUUUUGUUUUUAUCUCAUUUUAUAUUUGAAAAAAAAUUGAUGUUUACCAGGUAAAAUGUAAAUCUAAAAACUGAAAUACUGCAAAGUUAUUUUUGUAGGUGAUAAACGAAAGCUGUUUUAAACCACCUUCCAAGUGAAACUUGAAUAGUGCUGUACUUAUUUGGAGUCGCAACUGCUCUUUGUAUGUGAUGAUUGAUGAAACAACAUUAAUUUAAGAUAGAUCUGUCAAUGUGUAGAUGAUGGAGUUUAGAUGUUGAAGUAAAAUAAAAUAAAGAUCUUUUGAAAAAUAA